ACCGUCUUAGAUAUCUUCGUCUAACGUCGCUCACAUUAUGGCUUCUUAUAUAUUACCUGUUUGUUUAUUUAUCGCUGCUUUAACUAUUGUAGCCGCAGCACCCGCUGAUCAAACCCCCUUUGAUUGUCCCGAAAAUGAACGUUACAUCAAAUGCGACUUAGAGGUAUGCUUCAAGACGUGUGAUCAUCUGAAGCAUUUCCCACCUUGUCCAUCCAUUGCUGCAGGAUGCUUUCAGCCAGCUUGCCUCUGUAAAGAUGGUUACCUGAGAAAUUCUGAAGGAAAAUGUGUGCCCACUGAUCAGUGUAGUUAAAAUAAGCUGAUUGAUGGUCGAAUGAUUGCUGACUGACAGCUGAGAAAUAUAUAUUUUUUCUUUUACAUAAAUAAAUAUGUAUAAACUAUUA